CCUCCUCCCGAGCAAAGGGUCCCCAAGGUCUGCGGGAUUGUUAGAUGGAAAGCCGGUCUAUCAUCACGCAAGUGCAGAGGGACGAAACCUUGGCGCUUUCCAAACAAGUCUUGGUGUCCAAAUCCUCCCCCAAGAAGCCUCGUGGCCGGAAUAUCUUCAAGGCGCUUUUCUGUUGCCUUCGUGCACAGAAUGUCGGGCAGACGGCCUUUGGCGGAGAGCAUGGCCCGCACAAGGAGGAGACCAGCACCAUUGCCAAGUCUGAUCUGUUGCAGUGUCUUCAAUACCAGUUUUACCAGAUUCCUGGAACGUGUCUUCUCCCUGAGGUGACUCAGCAAGACCAGGGCAGAAUCUGCGUGGUGAUCGAUUUGGACGAGACCCUUGUGCACAGCUCCUUCAAGCCAAUCAACAAUGCUGACUUCAUAGUGCCUGUUGAAAUAGAGGGGACAACCCACCAGGUGUAUGUUUUGAAGAGGCCGUUUGUGGACGAGUUCUUGAGGCGGAUGGGGGAGCUGUUUGAGUGUGUGCUAUUCACGGCCAGUCUGGCCAAGUAUGCUGACCCAGUAACUGACCUGCUAGACAAGUGUGGAGUCUUCCGAGCCCGCCUGUUCCGUGAGUCAUGCGUGUUCCACCAGGGCUGUUACGUUAAGGAUCUCAGCCGGCUGGGCCGUGAUCUACGCAAGACCUUAAUCCUGGACAAUUCUCCUGCCUCCUAUAUCUUCCAUCCGGAGAAUGCUGUGCCGGUGCAGUCUUGGUUCGACGACAUGGCGGACACAGAGCUGCUCAACCUGAUCCCAAUUUUUGAGGAGCUGAGUGAAGCAGAGGAUGUGUACACCAGCCUCGGCCAGCUGAGGGCGCCCUAAGGCCCUCUGAGCCCUAUACCCAC